AUGACAUCACCAUAUCAAUUUGAACCAACGAAAUCAGAUUUCUGCGAUGACUAUGAUUCUUUUAAUACUAACCAUAAUGAAUUUAGCCAAUGCUUUGGUAGAUCAUUGCUUCAAAUAAGUAAUUGGUGUAAUUGUCAAAAAUGCACAAUAUUACCAACGGAUCGCGAGUGUAUUUGCUGUUCGGAAAUAGACAUUUUAAAUAAAUUACGUGGUAUAUAUAAAUGUGUGAUAGAAAACCCAUCGUUUUCGAAAUUAAUAAUGGAUGAAGAAGUUAUUGACAUUACUCGAAAACAAAUCAUUUCCAAAACAAAAAAUAAGGGAAAAAAGAAGUUACUGUGCAAUACUAUCCUGGAAAAUAAAACGAGAAGAUAUCUGUGCUACAAACAAUUUGUUUUCUGGGCAAAUGAAUGGACACCUAUAGGAAAAGGAAAUCGAGUUGUAAUCCCAGCGUGUGUAAUAAAUGUAAUUCGUACAAAGUAUGCCGAAGAAAAUGGACAUUACACUGGUUUUAAAAACUCAAAAAUACCAUAUUAA